UGGAUCAUCAGCUCCACUUCGCCGCGUCUCCCCUCAUCCUGUCCGCCUCCGACCAGCCCAGCUCGCCUCUCUGUGCCUUCUCCUGCGGAUCCGAGGACAAGCUCGCCGCCGCCACCGCCGCAGGGGUCCGCCUCUCCGAUUGCUCUCGAUCAUCACAAUUCAGAGACCGAAGCUCCCACUGAGGAUAGUGAUCGUGAAAAGCUGCCGUCACCAUAUUUGGGGCUGACGGCAUUUGAAAAUCCUGAUGGAUACUGUAUCAUUAACGAAAGGAUGACCCAGGCUCUUCGUGACUUCAAAGAAUCAACUGAACAGCUUGUUCUAGCUCAGGUUUGGGCACCGGUAAAGAAUGGUGGUCGGUAUGUCCUUACAACUUCAGGGCAACCCUUCGUUCUUGGUCCAAAUACUAAUGGGCUUCACCAGUACAGAAUAGUGUCUAUGAUGUAUUUGUUUUCUGCGGAUGGGGGGAAUGAUGAAGAACUGGGACUUCCUAGUCGUGUUUUCCAGCAAAAGCUACCUGAAUGGACUCAUAAUGUACAAUACUACACCAGCAAAGAAUAUUCGAGGCUUGAUCAUGCUCUUCAUUAUAAUGUUCAGGGAACCUUGGCUUUGCCCGUCUUUGAACCAUCAGGCCAAUCUUGUGUUGGUGUUCUUGAACUCAUUAUGACUUCACGGAGGAUUAACUACGCACCGGUGGUUGAUAAAGUCUGCAAAGCACUUGAGAGUUUUCUGCGAGCAGUGAACUUGAAAAGUUCUGAAAUCCUGGAUCAGCUUUUGAACCAGAUCUGCAAUGAAGGGCGGCAUAAUGCAUUGGCUGAAAUUUUGGAGCACAAGCUACCUCUGGCUCAAACCUGGGUCCCAUGUCAGCAUCGCAGUGUUCUGGCUAAUGGCGGUGGCGUGAAAAAGAGUUGUUCUAGCUUUGAUGGUAGCUGCAUGGCACAAGUCUACAUGUCCACAACUGAUGUGGCAUUUUAUGUUGUAGAUGCCCAUAUGUGGGGCAUUCGGGAAGCUUGUGUUAAGCAUCACUUACAAAAGGGUCAGGGGGUCGCUGGGAGGGCUUUCUUGUCCUAGAGCCACCUCGUCAUGUUGUCCAUGCUCGGUUUCUUCUUGCAAACAUACGUUACCGGGGAGGGACUUGUCGAGAAUCUUGCAAAGCACCUCAGCAACCCAUUCAAAAACAACUUGCUCACUAUGAUUGCCAAAACAGCAGAAAAAACUCCUACCCUGUGAUUUUAGCUCUUGAGAUUAUCCUCUUAAAUAUGGGAAUGAGUUGUACAUCUCAAUGAGACAGCUUGAGGCAUUUAUCAGAAUUUCUACUUGGAA